AUGAAAGCAAUGAAAAGCAUGAAAGCAGGUAAGGCUGCCGGAUAUGAUAGAGUUUCACUCGAAAUGUUAAGGGCUGGAGAGGAAGUGGUGGCAGGCCUGCUGCACACCUUGUUUAAUUUAUGCUGGGAACUGAAGCGGGUACCGGUAGACUGGUGCAAAGCCGUGAUAGUCCCAGUAUAUAAAGGAAGAGAGUCGCAGCAGCACUGUAAAAACUACCGUGGCAUCAGCCUUCUUAGCAUUGUGGAAAAACUGUAUGCUAAGGUACUGAUUGAAAGGGUCAUGAAAGAAACUGAUGGAAAAAUUUGGGAUGUGCAAGCGGGAUUUAGAAAGGGAAUGGGAUGUACAGAUCAAGUCUUUUCCAUGCGCAUGAUCGCGGAGAAGUUUCUGGCCAAAAACCAAAAGGUUUUUUGUGCGUUCAUGGACUUGGAAAAGGCCUAUGACAGAGUGGAUAGGGAUUUGCUAUGGCAAACACUGAACUCAUUUGGGUUGAGCGCUGGCUUGAUACAGGCAUUGGAGUCUCUUUAUAGGGACUCUAGUGCUUGUGUUAGGAUCAACGGGGUCUACUCGGACUGGUUUGACAUCCAUAAAGGUGUCAGACAGGGCUGUGUGGCUUCCCCGUGGCUGUUCAACCUAUUUAUGGACAGUUGUUUGCAAAAUUUGAAAGUUGAAGAAUGCGGAUUAAGAAUGGGUGAGUUAACCGUCAAAUGCCUUUUGUACGCCGAUGAUCAAGUUAUUCUUGCGUCGUCGGCGGCCGAGUUGCAAAUUAUGGUUACAUUAAUGAACGCAUCAUUAAAAGAAAGGGGUAUGAAAGUGAACGCAAGUAAGACGAAGGUUAUGGUUUUUGAAAGAGAAGAAAGUAAAACGAUUUGUGAAAUAAGAAUAGAAGGGGAGUUGAACGAGCAAGUAGAUGAGUUUGUAUAUUUGGGCUGCGUAUUUAGCAGGGAUGGGAGAUAUGAUAAGGAUAUAGAACGACGAGUGAAUGCGGGAAAUAGAGUAAAUGGGGCCUUGCACUCUAUUGUGAAGAGUCAAAAUGUGUCGAAAAAGGCACGUAUGGCAAUUCACAAUGCUGUGUUGGUCCCUACUUUAACGUAUGGUAGUGAAAGUUGGGAGUGGCAGAAGAAGCACGAGAGUAGAAUAAACGCAGUAGAAAUGCGGUCGUUAAGGAGUAUGGUAUCUGAAUGA